CUGUUGUUAGUAAGUGGUCAGAUCCAUUAUUUAACAUCUCCCAACAACUCGAGUUAUUGGGAUCAACUUGUUUUUUAACAUGGUAUAAGAGAGCCUUCAGUGACCAGAAAGGUCUUUGUGUUUGAAUUCCUGUGACCCAAUUUGUGAAGCACAUGAUAUUCUCGUAUUCAGAACCUGUGCAAACAAAACCCCUUAUGAGUUGAUCGACUUUCGUUUGAAGGAUUUAUAUUAAUCAGUGAUAUAAGAUCCAUUAACUUCUCCGAACAACUCGAGUUAUUGAUAUCAAAUCAACAUGUGUCAUACUACUCUGACUAGGCAGUUGGCACUUUGACAUAUAUGUAUAUAUUAUUCGAAGUGGCUGCAAGAGCUCGAUAUUAGUUAUAUUAUUCAUGAAGAUAUAUAUAGGUGGCACAUUUUUAUGCAUGUAUAUCUGUUAUUUUAUUAAUUAAUGAAGAGACCCAGAAAUCGACAGCUACGGUACGUCGCCGUAUGUGCUUAAUUCUCUUUAUUUGCUAAUUAAUUAAGGUUACUAAAUAUUUGGUUCGCUUCAUGGGGUUGUUACAUGCAAAACAUGUCGUGUCGUGUCUAAAAAUUAUGGGAUUCUUGGUAGUUGGGGAAUGUUCGGAAUCCGUUUAUGUUUUAAGUAUAGUAUCCCGAGGCUAGCUCGUUCUAAUUUUCUUGAUUUUUAGGGUACGUAGUUUGGAUUGAGUAUUUUAAUGUGUCAUUUGGGGUUAAUUAUAUCACUUUUUAAAUAACGUGUUUGGUUGGGGAGAGAAUAUGACAAAUAUUAGAAGGUUCAUAUUCUCAAAAUACUAUGUUUUUGUUUUGUUUCACUUUUGUUUUUAUUCUUGUUUGGUAAAUCUCAAACUAGGGAAGCUACGUACUCUCCAUAUUUUUUUUUUUUGCCAGUUUUCACUUUUGACCCAAUUAGCUUUUCUUUUCUUUCUUUCCACUUUCAUCAUAAUAACCAUUAUUUACUUGCCCUUCAUACCUUAAUUAUGUCUAACAAUCAAUAUGUCUUGUCCAACAUAGUUAGCAAAAAUCCGUUUUAUAACCGUAUAAUACACACACGUUUAAUACAUAUGUUUAAAUUUUAAAUUUCUAAUAUUUUAAUAACAUAAUUUACUACUAUAUAUGUUGACCAAAUAUACACACAUGACACAUAUAUGCUUAGUUUGCAAAAAAAUUUCAAACAAAUUUUAAAUCCAAAAUGAUAAUUACUAGAUGAACCUUAACUUGCUCACUAAAAUGAUAAUUACCUGAAAUUCUAUACCCCCACCCCCAAUUUCUAUCUUGAAAAAUGGUGUAGUUGCUUCUGGAUAAAAUUGGAGUAAAAUAUAAAUAGCGUUGGUGAUCUAGAAGCGUAAAAGCGUAAACUUUUAAACUUUAAAUCGUGAUUUGUUCCAGUUUCGUACACUUGAGAUUUUACAUGGAAUCUUAAAACGUUUUGGUGAUCGAGAAGCGAAAAGUGUAAGGCUUUAAAGCCCGAUUUUCACUAAAUAAUUAUCAAAGAACCAAGUUGUCCCAAUAACUUGAGUUGUUGGAGAGAUAUUAAGGGGUCGUUUGCUUCAAGGAUUUGGUACAUGGAUUUGGUACCAGAAAACCAACUAUUAAGGAUUUAGGUACAAUCCGUUGUUUGCUUGCACCUUUUUUGGAGACAAAAUCCGUGGGGCCCACGGAUUUUGAGGGUGCAAAUCCGUGGACCCCACGGACUUAUAAAUCCCACAUGUUGAUGUGGGAUUUGGAAUAUGACAUAAAUCCUUGAUGACAUUUUACCCAUAUACCCUCAUGCAAUUUUAAUAUUCCAAGGUUGCCCUCAAAUUUAACUAUUAUACAGUAUACUUAACAAUAAAUGAAUAAUAUAAACGUUCAAUUAAUGUGCAAACAUGAGUUAGAUAUUUUAUAUCAUUUCUUGUGUUCUAGUUUUCUUUGACCUUUUCAUGGAACGUGUAAUUCUUUGUUCUCCCGAUUCUAAUAUAUGUUGUUAUAUGUUACUUUUGAAAAGGAGGACAAAGAAUUGGUAAUUGAUCAUUAUGUUACGUUAAAAGUUAAAACGGAAUUUUCUCGUUUAUUAUUAUUGUCCAUGUGGCAACGUACAUUAUGCUUAUUAGUAUGUAUUGUCCUUGUUUUGUGUACAUAUCAUAAACAUGUCAAACAUAUAGAAAAUGAUAGUAAGGUAAUUUUGAAGUUUUGUCCUUGUUUUGUGUACAUAUCAUAAACAUGCCAAACAUAUAGAAAAGGACAGUAAUGUAAUUUUUGACUUCAAGUAGUAAAUCCCACACCUUUAAAUCCAUGAUAAAAACAUCAACAAACAAAGGAUUGUUACAAAUCCAUGAUGCCUCAAAUCCUUGGUAAAUCCUUGGGUUUUUAAAUUACAAAACCCUCGUUUAUAAAUCCAUGAAGCAAACAACCCCUAAAUAUGGAUCUCACAUACAGUAUUUACCAAAACACGCCCUGCUCAAAAGAAAACCAAACGCAUACGAGUUCGAUUACUGUAAAAAAACCAGUCAGUCCCAAUAACUCGAGUUGUUGGGAGAAGCUUCUGCUGCUGGGUCUUAUACCACUCUCUAACACAAACUUUCCACAUAUAUCCGAACAUCAUCACGUGCUUAACAAAUGAGGAUCGCAACGGCGGACCUCUCGAUCAUCACUGCGAACGUACACUCCGAUAUACCAUUUUAGAAAACCAACGUCUAUCGUUACGCCCUCAAUACGAAACCGCUGAGUGAAGUGUGAAGGGAAGUCUGGUGGGUCGGUAUCUACCCCAACCAUCUGUCAGCAACUGAACCCAAACCCAUCAAGCUAAGUUGGUCCCCCAGUGAGUUGUGUUUAUUACCCAGCUUGGUUUUGCUGCUCUGCUGCUGCUCUGCUCUGCUCACACUAGUUAUUAGCUAAGCUAGGUGAGUUUGCAUUGCACUAUAAAACGUUAUAGGUGACCACCUCACACCCAUAUUUGGCAAUUCCUGCCGGUUCCUACUCUUUGCUUUAUUUAUUAACCCGGGCCGCCUACAACAUCUUAACACAUCUCAUUAGUCUACUGUUCCCAUUUUGUUUCUGUAUCAUCAAAAGAAACGGUUGGGCAAUACAUCACCUCUCUCGUUGUAUAGAAAGUUCGUUUACCAAUUUUCCUGCACUACCAAACUAAUAAUAAUCUCUCAUCACAAUUAGGCAAUUAGCCAACUUGAAUCAUAUAAAACCCUAAUUGGCUAAUCCGAAUUGAACUUGUUUCGCUAGCUAAUUACUGUCGUCUGAUUAAAAAUGAAUGCAUUAGUCAACUUUCAAGUAAUUUUUUUUUGCUUGUUAUUGAGGUCAGAUAAGUUAAUUGAUCAAUUGGAAUUGAAUUGAAGUAAAAAAAAAAAGUGUUGUAAAAUUGUUAUUUCUACUAAAAACCGCAAGUUACUUUGCUUAAAACGUUUAGGCGCGCCUGUUAGGCGUGCUAGGCAGUAGGCAGGGCCUUCUCGAACCUUGGAUCUUACUCAUAUAUGUCCCGCCGUACUUAGUGUGUUGACUGAGUCACGGACGAUGUUUAAUACUGUCGUCGCGCGGAGACCAGUAACCAGACUUGAAAUCAAGACACCUAUGUUCCCGUUAUUCACUCCGAUGAUCGGCUACCAUAUGCCGACACAAAAAAAAAUCUACAAUCAAUACGUGAUGAUAAUCGUUAACUAUAUGCUAAAAUUUUUGUCGUUCGCUAAUCAAAACUUACUGAAACACAGAAUUCAACAACAUCAGCAGGUGCUUACCCCGGCGGAAUGAACUUCCUCUCCCUACAACUGUAUCUCUUAUCAAAUAUUCCAAAAACACAUUAGCAAAAUCAUUUUUUUACUAUCGUGUACUCCACUUCAUUAAUGUCAUCCCCCCAUCUUCCUUUUUUCCUUCCCUCUAAUUUCUACAAUAUUAAAAAUAAAAAAAUAAACCAGUCUUCUCCUUCCCAUCUUCUCUCUGUCGCUUACCCUUGCAAAAUCCUCCAUAUAUUUGGCAGAGGAAAAUGGCGAACCGAUAUCUGCCAACUCUCCCUUCUCUGUCCUCUGCUUUCUCCCCUUCUCUCUAUAAAGCUACCUACUCUCCAAAGACAACACUACUCCAUCUCAAUUUUGCUUUCCUUAAUUGCUCGCCAGAAAAAAAGACCAAAUCAAGUUUUCAUUUGGUACUUUGGGAGGUUGCUCCUCUUUGCUUUUCCGAGAGAGCAACAAUGGAGUUUGGCAGUGUGGUGCAGUUCUUGGAGAACAGGGCGGUUCUGAUCAUCGGUGCAACUGGGUUCCUUGCCAAGAUUUUUGUGGAGAAAGUGUUGAGAGAGCAACCAAAUGUGAAGAGGAUGUACCUUCUCCUCAGAGCUGCUGAUGCCAAGGCUGCUUCCCAAAGAUUUCACAAUGAGAUUGUAGGAAAGGAGCUGUUCCGGGUAGUGAAGGAGAAAUACGGCGAAAAUUUGGGUACCACAAUAGCAGAGAAAAUAGUUCUGGUACCUGGUGACAUCUCAGUGGACGAAGGGCUUGGUGUCUCCUCCUCGGAACUCAAACAACAAAUGUGGGAUGAAGUCGACGUUAUUGUCAAUCUAGCUGCAACCACCAACUUUGAUGAAAGGUACGAUGUCGCGAUGGGGCUGAACACGAUGGGGGCGAAGCAUGUGAUUAGCUUCGCGAAGAACUGCCCUAAUCUCAGAGUUCUCGUCCACGUCUCCACGGCUUAUGUGGCGGGGGAGAGGUCGGGGUUGAUAUUGGAGAGCCCUCAUCGGAUGGGGGAGACCCUAAAUGGGGUGACCGGACUGGACAUUCAGGAGGAGAGGAAACUGAUAGCCCUGAAGCUGAACGAGCUGCGAGCUGAAGGAGCCUCUCGGGACGCCAUUAAAAGGGCUAUGGUCGACCUUGGCCUCAACAGGGCGAAAGAGUACGGAUGGCCAAACACUUACGUGUUCACCAAGGCAAUGGGCGAGAUGCUGGUUGGAGAAUUGAAAGGCGAAAACAUGUCCGUCGUCAUCCUGCGCCCCACCAUCGUCAGCAGCACUUUCAAGCAGCCUUUCCCUGGCUGGAUUGAAGGCAUCAGAACGCUCGACAGCUUGGCUGUCGGCUACGGCAAAGGUCGCCUCACUUGCUUCCUCGGUGACGUUACGGGCAUUCUCGACGUCAUACCAGCAGACAUGGUGGUGAACUCGAUACUGGUGGCGAUGGUGGCCCACUCGAACCAGCCCAGAUCCGAACCGGUGAUCUACCAGGUCGGCUCUUCGGUUCGCAACCCGAUGAAGCUCGGGGAGCUUCGAGAUUAUUUUUUCUCCUACUUCACUCAGAAGCCCUUGGUUGGGAAGGACGGCAACACUAUCAGAGUCCGUAACCCUAAGCACCUCGGUAGCAUGGAGAGCUUCCACCGUUACAUGGCCUUCCGCUACUUAUUCGCCCUCAAGGGACUAGAGCUGGCGAACGCGGCCUUCUGCCACUUCUUCGACAGAGUGUACACCGAUCUCAACCGUAAGAUAAAGUUCGCCAUACGGCUCAUGGAGCUCUACCAGCCGUACCUCUUCUUCCGUGGAGUGUUCGACGACAUCAACACGGAGAAGCUGAGGAUGGCGGCGAAGGACAAUGGAGUGGAGACAGACAAGUUCUACUUCGACCCGGCCGAGGUUGAUUGGGAGGAUUACUUCAUAAACAUUCACUUGCCUGGGCUGGUGAAACACGUCGUCAAAUAGAAAGGGAUCUGGAUUACUUUAUGAGACAAGAGACACAAAGUACAUCUUACAUUAUUUAUGCCGGCAAAUUGGUGGUGGCUGAUCUCUGGAUUUACAAGAAUAAAGGAAGAAAGUUUAU